CAUAGGUCACAGUAGUGUGCAUCGACUGGGGACGGAGGAGCAGUUAGAGCGCGUUUUAUUGCUCGAAUUAACAGGGAGAAAAGAUCUUUCAAAAUGAGUCGGACUUACAAUGACGAGUUACAGUUUCUGGAUAAACUGAACACGAACUGCUGGAGAAUUCGGGAAGGAUUUGUUCCCAACAUGCAGGUCGAGGGACUUUUCUACGUGAACGAGCCGCUGGAGAAGUUGAUGUUUGAGGAGCUUCGAAACGCGUGUCGAGGGGGAGGGUUCGGUGGAUUUCUUCCCGCCAUGAAGCAAAUUGGCAACGUUGCUGCUCUCCCUGGGAUCGUGCACAAAUCCAUCGGCCUCCCCGACGUCCACUCCGGAUACGGUUUUGCUAUUGGAAACAUGGCUGCCUUCGACAUGAACAAUCCUGCCGCGGUCGUGUCUCCAGGCGGCGUCGGCUUCGACAUCAACUGCGGGGUGCGGCUCCUGCGGACCAACCUGGACGAGGGGGAUGUGCAGCCGGUGAAGGAGCAGCUGGCCCAGUCCCUCUUCGACCACAUUCCUGUGGGGGUGGGAUCCAAGGGCGUCAUCCCCAUGGGGGCUAAGGACCUGGAGGAGGCCCUCGAGAUGGGUGUGGACUGGUCUCUGAGGGAGGGCUAUGCUUGGGCAGAGGAUAAAGAGCACUGCGAGGAAUAUGGCCGCAUGCUGCAAGCUGACCCCACAAAGGUCUCCUCCAAGGCAAAAAAGCGAGGGCUGCCCCAGCUGGGAACAUUAGGUGCAGGAAACCACUAUGCAGAGAUUCAGGUCGUGGACGAGAUCUAUAAUGACUAUGCCGCUAAGAAGAUGGGCAUCGAUCACAAGGGCCAAGUGUGCGUGAUGAUCCACAGCGGGAGCCGAGGCCUGGGCCAUCAAGUUGCCACAGAUGCCUUGGUUGCCAUGGAGAAGGCAAUGAAGAGGGACAAUAUCACAGUGAACGACAGGCAGCUGGCCUGUGCUCGCAUCACCUCCCCCGAGGGUCAGGACUACCUAAAGGGCAUGGCUGCUGCUGGGAACUAUGCCUGGGUGAACCGCUCCUCCAUGACUUUCCUCACCAGACAGGCCUUCUCUAAGGUGUUUGGCACCACUCCGGAUGACCUUGACAUGCACGUGAUUUACGAUGUGUCCCACAACAUCGCCAAGGUGGAAGAACACAUGGUGGAUGGCAAACAGAAGACCUUGCUGGUGCACCGCAAGGGCUCCACCCGUGCCUUCCCUCCUCACCAUCCACUUAUCCCUGUUGACUACCAGCUGACUGGACAGCCUGUAUUGAUUGGGGGCACUAUGGGCACCUGCAGCUACGUCCUAACGGGCACUGAGCAGGGUAUGACGGAGACCUUCGGCACCACCUGCCAUGGCGCGGGUCGUGCCUUGUCCCGGGCCAAGUCUCGCCGCAACCUAGACUUUCAGGAUGUUCUCGAUAGACUGGCAGAUAUGGGAAUUGCCAUCAGGGUCGCAUCACCCAAACUGGUCAUGGAAGAGGCACCUGAAUCAUACAAAAACGUGACCGAUGUAGUCGACACUUGCCAUGAUGCUGGAAUCAGUAAGAAAGCCAUCAAGCUGAGGCCCAUCGCGGUGAUUAAAGGUUAAAGCUCCUCGAAGGAUGACGCACAAAAGGCACUUCACCCAAGUAAACAAAACCAAGAAACCCAGGGACCUUCACUGGAGGGUGGGGUCAGACUAGAGCAAUGCGACCACAGGGCUCUCGAAAAUAAGAUUUUAUAUAUGUAGCUACUGCAAGUAUUAAUUUUUUCCUCCAUCAUUCUAAAUUUUUAUUCGUAGGGCACAAAACUGAAAUUGCUAAUAUUUCAAGAGAAAAGUUAAUUUUCCUAAUUUAUACUCUUAGUAGUGGCUGUAGCUUUUUUUAAAAUCAGUGUACUGAACCUUUGGUUAUACUGUAAGGUUGUACAGUAUGAAAAUCCAAGUUAUGAAAUUGAAGAUAUGAUCAGUUUCUGGUUUAUAUUUGAUAGCAUUUUUUUCCUUGUUUUUAUUUUUAAAAUUGCUCUGCAGACUAAAUAUAAAUUUCCUCUUUCUGCCAUUUAAGUACAAAACACACUCAAAAUAGAAACUGACAGCACUAGGGGGUGCAGUGGCUCAGAGCUGGGCAGGUGUUACUGCACCAAGCUUAUUUUUAUGUAUUAUAGCUACAUGCAAGACUUUUACAGAAACUACUAUAGAAAUAGGUAGGCUGUCAUGUUUUUAGACCGGAAACUGAAAAUGAACAGAUAAUGACAAGUGUGAUCAUCAAGCUGUAGUGAGAUUUUGAGUGUGACAUGAGAGACUUACAGUUUCAGUCCUAAGUGUGUGAGCUUCAAUUGACACCUAUUUCCACUAUUUCAAUACAGAUUGAUUCUGUUUUGCAGUCUUUUUGAAUGGUUUAUCCACAAAAUGUGGGUAGGCGUGAAACCACACCAGCUCUUCAUGGUCACUUGUUUCAGACAAAGAUUCCACAUGUUGGUAAACAGAUUGCUGACUACAUUUUCCCCCAUUUUAAACAUUUAAAGUUAAGACAUGUUACCGUAGCCACAAUGUUCAAUCCAAGGUUUGUGCAUCAGAGUAAACUGCUGUAGAAAGAGGCAAAAUAGAGUACUCCGGUUCAAGGAAUGUUCUAAUGUAUUGUUUGCAGUGAUUUCCUUAUGGAAGAGUAAAACUGGCUUUUAUAAAUUGUGAAAAGCGCAUGGCCCAGGCUUCCAUAUAUCAUUUUAAAAUACCAUAGUUUUUCAGUGUAAAAUGUUUGGUACCCAUUUGUCAUUCUCAAACCUUUUAGUUACUGCUGAGUAAAUUCAAGACUGGCUAAAUUUUGUGUGAUAAGGUGAUGUUUUACCUGCACUAGCAAGUGGGCAAUAUUAAUAAGUUACACAAACAAAGGUGUUAUCUGACUCACUGACAAUGUCCACUUCAAAUUGAGGAUUUAUAGUAGGCAAUAUUUUGGACCCUUGGAAUCUCAAUGACCUGCUGGCAUGGCGGGUUUCACCUGGUCCUGCUCUCUGGUGGGUCUGUGCUUCGAGUCCUCCGUGGGGUCCCUUGUGACGGAUGUC